AUGGCGUCGGUGCGCACGCGCUCCGCAUCCCCCAAAACGGUUUCCUUCUCCCCCGUCCUUGAGAGGAAGUACACGGUCGAGUGUAGACCCAUCAGCCCGCCGGAGCUGGGCGGCGACUGGCGGCGUUACUUCAGCGAUUUCGGAUCUUAUCUGGACGCCCUGCUCGCCGACCUGCAGAACUCGAUAAACCCGGGCCGGGUGUCCAGCCCCGGCGGCAGGACGGGCUCCCCCGGGGCGAGGGCCACGUCCCCCGGGAGGACGGCCUCCCCCAUCGGCAGGGGCGGCUCCCCGGGCCGGCUGAACUCCCCCGGAGGCAGCCUCGGCUCCCCAACGGCCACCGGCUACGGAUCCAUCAACGGCUCCAGGAGCAUCUCCACCGAGUACAAACCGAGCUCGCCGACGUAUCAGAACACGAGCGCUAUUCACGAGAAGGUUGCACCAUCGAAGUAUACCACCGCGCAGAGCUACCGUAGCCACUCUCCAGGGUACACCAGCAGCCAGACCACCGGCUACGGCAGAACUACGGGCAGGGGAAACCUCUCCGAGCUGGACACACUGCUGGACGACCUGAGCAACGCUCGGUACGGCAACUACGAGGAGAAGAACACGUACAGCGAGAGGAACGAGGGCUAUGCAAGAGCUAACGGUGCCACGAGUCCAGCGUCGUCUCGGCCUACGGUCGAUUCCCUGCUCGACCAGCUCAGUACCGACGUGCCAAAUGGCCGCGCCUCCACGUCGCCAGUUCCACCGGCGUCGGGCACUCUGCCCCGACCCGGCACCAAGCAGGUGACGGUGACCGUCCAAGAGACGGUGGUAGAGCCGGCCAGGCCCAACAGCAGCCGCCGCCCACAAUCGCGGCUCGCCACCAUCACCAUGCAUCCAGCGCCACUAAGGAACUCGAUGAUCUCAUGGCGUCACUCUCAGAUUUCAAGCCGCGGGAGCGGGCCACUCCAGCGCCGCCGUCUCUAUCCCUCUCGCUCGCGCGCCCCAACUCUCGCGUCUAAAGAUAGUGCGCGCGUCCUCUACGAGCGGCCGGUUUACCUUUCCGUGAGCGGCACACCGACGGAGAGCGGCGCCCACGUUUACCGGGAGAAGCGCGCGUGGCAGGAGCAGUACCGCAGCAACCCGCGCCAGGCGGAGUCAGCUUCUUUGGAGCACAUGCUCGGAUCCCUCCGGGCAGACAUGAGCCGCCAAGGAGUGCAAACCCCGCAGAAGGGGUGCUGCAAUGCCUGCGAGAAGCCCAUCGUUGGACAGGUGAUCACCGCCCUGGGCCGCACGUGGCACCCGGAGCACUUCACGUGCGCCCACUGCAACCAGGAGCUGGGCACCAGGAACUUCUUCGAGCGCGACGGAAGGCCCUACUGCGAGCCGGACUACCACAAUCUGUUCUCGCCGCGAUGCGCGUACUGCAACGGGCCCAUCCUCGACAAAUGCGUCACCGCGCUCGAGAAGACUUGGCACACGGAGCACUUCUUCUGCGCCCAAUGCGGCCAGCAGUUCGGCGAGGACGGCUUCCACGAGAGGGACGGCAAGCCCUACUGCCGCGCGGAUUACUUUGACAUGUUCGCGCCCAAAUGCGGCGGCUGUAGCAAACCGAUAAUGGAGAACUACAUCUCCGCCCUGAACACCCAAUGGCAUCCAGAUUGUUUCGUCUGCAAGGAAUGCCAAAACCCCGUAAAGGGGAAGUCCUUCUACGCCAUGGAAGGGAAGCCGGAGUGCCGCGAGCCGUUCCACGGCGGCUCGUUCUUCGAGCACGAGGGGCAGCCCUACUGCGAGACGCACUACCACGGCAAGAGAGGCUCGCUCUGCGCCGGCUGCCACAAGCCGAUAGCGGGCCGCUGCAUCACGGCGAUGUUCCGCAAGUUCCACCCGGAGCACUUCGUGUGCGCAUUCUGCCUGCGCCAACUGAACAAGGGCACGUUCAAGGAGCAGAACGACAAGCCCUACUGCCACGCCUGCUUCGACAAGCUCUUCGGC